UUAUUUUAACGUUUCGUGGAAAGUUGUCGUCCAUUUUUACCGAACACCGACAGCCCGCCUUGAACUGAAGCGACUGUUGACGGUGUAACACACCAGGGGAAUGUUGACGGUGUAACACCAGACGCCGCUCGCUUCUUGUCUUCACUGUGAAUUUUCCUCUUUUUUGUUUUACCGUCGUUUUCUGUUAAAUUCUUCACUUAUUAUCCGUCGUAAAUGAGUUGCGGGGCAGACAGCGACGAUGACAGCUGCCGUAAACGGAGGGUGUCGUACGUGUACAGCCCGGAGUACAUUGAAACUUGCGACAGUUUAUCCAAAGUGCCAAACCGGGCAAGUAUGGUGCACUCACUGAUAGAAGCCUAUGGACUCCUUGAACACAUGAGCACCGUUAAACCUAAACUGGCCACCAUAGAGGAAAUGGCUAAAUUCCACACAGACUCUUACCUGGAGCAUCUUCACAAGAUCAGCCAGGACGGAGACAACGACGACCCCCAGUCGUCCGACUACGGCCUGGGUUAUGACUGCCCGGUGGUGGAGGGGAUCUAUGACUAUGCAGCAGCAGUAGGGGGCGCCACACUCACAGGAGCCCAGUGUUUGAACGAGCAGAAGUGUGACGUGUCUAUUAACUGGGCUGGAGGAUGGCACCAUGCCAAGAAGGAUGAGGCGUCAGGUUUCUGUUAUGUAAACGAUGCCGUGUUGGGAAUCCUCAGACUGAGGGAGAAGUACGAGCGAGUCCUCUACGUGGACGUCGACCUGCAUCACGGAGACGGUGUAGAAGAUGCUUUCAGCUUCACAUCCAAAGUCAUGACCGUCUCUCUGCACAAGUUCUCUCCUGGAUUCUUCCCAGGCACAGGCGACCUGAGCGACACGGGGCUGGGGAAAGGCAGGUGGUACGCCGUGAACGUCCCGAUGGAGGACGGCAUCAAGGACGACAGAUACUUCCAGAUUUUCACCAGUGUGAUGCAGGAAGUGCGGGCGCAGUUCAACCCGGAGGCGAUCGUGAUGCAGCUGGGCGCCGACACCAUGGCGGGCGACCCCAUGUGCUCCUUCAACAUGACCCCUGUGGGGGUGGGCAAGUGUCUGCAGUACGUCUUAGGCUGGCAGCUACCCACACUGCUGCUGGGAGGAGGGGGCUAUAACCUGGCUAACACGGCUCGUUGUUGGACCUACCUGACCGCCGUGGUGCUGGGAAAGACUCUGUCCUCGGAGAUACCAGACCACGAG